GGCAUUCUCGUCGACCUUUACGUCCCCCGCAAGUGCGCGGCUACCAACCGUCUCAUCACCUCGAAGGACCACGCCUCGGUCCAGAUCUCCGUUGUCGAUGUCGACGCUAACGGCCGUGCUUUGAACACCUCGACCUCCUUCGCUCUUUGCGGACAGGUUCGGGCUGAUGGCGAAAGUGACGACUCGAUUAACCGGUUGGCAACCAAGGCUGGAUUGCUCCGGAAUGUGUUCUCGUACCAAAAAUGA